UCUUCCUUCCCUGUUUGCUUAUCUUUUUCUUUUCUGAUCUGACUUCGGUUUCCGGGAAAGCACUCCACCUCUUGUCUUUUAACACCAACCAAACACCCCCCUUAUCCUUAUCCUACGCACCUUCACCAGCUCCGUGCACUUUAGCUCCAGCACCUUGUAAUGCGCACUUGUUAUCGUACACACCCCCGGUCCAAGAUAGAGACCACCAUUACCAGCGACAUCUAGUCGCCAUUACACGUGUCGUAUUCUGAAAGAUCCACGUCAGCAUCUGCCGAAGCUUUUUAUCUUCCUGUGUUCGGCCGUUUCUAGGGUUUCUAAUUUCUCUCCUCUUUUCUUUCUUUCAUUUCUUUCCUUUGGGAUUCAGCUACUGAGUCACCGAACGAGUUAAAGAAAGAUAAGUUCUCCAACCAUGGGGUCGAUCCCCGAUCCGGGCGAGUUGACAGAGUUAACUCAGCCGAGUUUCGACGAGUUCCAGCGCCAAACGUCUCUGAUGACGAGCUGCACUCUCCUCUGGAAAGAACUCUCCGAUCACAUCAACUCACUCGAGCAAAACCUGAUGAGACAAUCGGAGGCCUUAAAACGCAAAAUUGAAACACUAGACUCGGAAACCAAGGCCUCACUCGACUCACUCAAGAAGCGCGAACACAGCAUCGAGGACAGCGUGAAGAUCGCACUCGACGGAGUCGAGUUCCACACAAAAGCCGCCCUGAAAACCCUUAGCGACGACGUUGAAGACAAUCCUGAUGGCGAAGUGGACGACGGAGACGGUCUUUUGCAACUCCUAAAAUCAACGUGCUUGAAAAUGGAAGCUAAAGAGUUCUGGAACUUCGUGACUGGCAAAAAGAAGGAAAUUGACUUGCUAAGAGAGAAAAUUCCGGCAGCUUUGUCAGAAUGUAUUGAUCCGGCCAGGUUCGUUAUGGAGGCGAUAUCGGAGGUAUUUCCGGUGGAUAAAAGAGGGAAUGAGAGAGGAAAUGAUUUAGGAUGGGCUUGUGUUUUAAUUCUGGAAAGCUUGAUUCCAGUGGUGGUUGAUCCGGUGAUCGGAAAGUCGAGGAUGCUGGUUACGCCGAGUGUGAAGGAGAAGGCAAAAGAAAUCGCAGAGACGUGGAAAAAGAGUCUUGAAGAGAGAGGAGGGAUUGAGAAUGUGAAGACUCCGGAUGUUCAUACUUUUUUGCAACAUUUGGUUACGUUUGGGAUUGUUAAGAAAGAGGAUCUGCAGCUUUAUAGGAAGCUUGUUGUUGGUUCUGCCUGGAGGAAACAAAUGCCUAAACUUGCCGUUUCGCUUGGCCUCGGUGACAAAAUGCCUGACAUGAUUGAAGAAUUGAUUGGUAAGGGACAGCAGCUUGAUGCAGUUCAUUUCACUUAUGAAGUUGGCCUUGUAGACAAGUUCCCCCCUGUACCCCUGCUCAAAGCUUUCCUGAGGGAUGCAAAGAAAGCUGCGUCUUCUAUUUUAGAAGAUCCCAAUAAUGCAGGCCGGGCUGCGGUAUUCCCCUAUUUACUCAUCUUGAUCAUUUAUUUGUUUAAUUCUUACUAUUUCUGAUUUUUAAUUAUCCUAUCUUUGCUUGAUUAGAUGUUUGAUGCCAGGUGUCACUCCUGGGGUUUGCUGUAAGAAUACUUGAAUUCAUUUUGUUUCAUUGGAGUCAUAUA